AUGGCGAUGCCUGCUUGCCUCGGCUACCAUGGAAUCCUGGCACUGGAGUUGGUUCUAGCUUGGGUCAGCUUCUCGCCCAUAUUUCCGCUUCUGGCCGCGCCUCGCCGAGACUUUCCCCACGAAGAGCCUCCCUCCCCAGCCCCGCGGGUGCUGUGCGCGGCCGCAGCCACCGCUGUCGUGACGGCCACGGCGGCGUCCACCAUGGCGCUGCUGAGGAGGAGGAGGAGGAGGAUGGAGGCAGCGAGUGCCGAACAGCACCGUGGACUGGGCGAUGGGAUCGGGCGGCGCUUGUCUAGCGGAGCGGUGGGCUUCGCGGUGGGGGCGGCCGUCAUCCACACCGUGGCGGUCGUGCUGGGCGCUCCAAUCUUUCGGCGCGCUCCCGAGACGGCCGCGUUCUCGCUUCUCAUGUCGUCUUUCACGUCGCUCCCGGUGUCGGUUACGAGCCACCGACCCUUGGAGGCCUUCGCCGCCUUUCUCCGCGGCACUAGGCCUGCCUUGCACGAGCUGGGUGCGAUGGUUCCAGCGGCAUGCUGCGUGCUUGGAGCUUGGUUAGGGGCCAUACCGCUGUGCUUGGAUUGGGAGCAGCCAUGGCAGGCGUGGCCGCUACCGAUGUGCGCAGGGGGGCUGCUGGGUUUCUCCUUGGGGUGCCUCUUGCUGCUGGGCUACCAAAUCUUGGAGAACGUUAGCCGGGCAGUCUCUGUAUGGUCGUCGGAGUGGCGAGCUGAGAAACGCGCCUAA